AUGUUAUUUGAUCCGUGUAGAAGACCUCAGAGUGUAGAAAACUAUUUGUUACAGAUCAUGAGAGCUGUCCAACUGACGGUGCUAGUUGCCACUACUUUACUGACCACCGCAAAAUGUCAUGAAUCUAUCCGAGUACACACGGGACUGGGUGACAUACAAGGGAUAGUGCAAACCAUCAGGAAUGAGACCGUCUAUCAGUUUAGGAGUAUACCGUACGCCGAACCACCGACCGGUUCUCUGCGGUUUCAGAAGCCAGUCUUACAUGGCGGUUGGUCUGGUGUAUUAGACUGCACGACAUUUGGACCUUCAUGUUUGCAACAACAUUCCAUUUUAGACAAAUACCUACCAAACCCAAACCAGUCUGAGGAUUGUUUGACACUAGAUAUAUACAUCCCUAGAACUCUUUCCCGGAGUACAAACAGGUCGGUGAUGGUAUUUGUGUUUGGGGGAGGUUUCCUUGUCGGGCAGAGCAUGUUGUACGAUGGUUCUUAUCUAGCACUGGCGGGAGAUGUCAUUGUUGUUAUCAUCAACUACAGACUUGGUGUGUUUGGAUUUCUUGUUAAUCCUGCACAAGGCUUGAAUGGAAACUACGGUCUGUGGGACCAGCGUUUAGCACUGCAAUGGGUACAUGCAAACAUAGCUGAUUUCGGCGGGAAUCCUAAUUCGGUCACAUUAUUUGGCCAAUCUGCUGGUGGUUUCAGUGUGUCGCUACAGUCAAUUAUUCCAAAUAAUAAAGGAUUGUUCCAUCGAGUUAUUGCGCAAAGUGGGGUUGUUGAAGGACACUUUGCAAUAUGGCAAAAUGCAUAUACAUAUGCAAAGGAUGUAGGCACCGCUCUGGGUUGUUCGAAUACAACGUCAUAUGCAAAAUGUAUGCGUGAUAUACCAGCCGAAAGGUUGCUACAAGCUCAAACUUCUGUAACACAAACACCAAGCGUAGGAAAGACACUUGAGUUCGACUUAAGUAUGGGACCGGUUGUAGAUGGAGACUUAUUUCCCUUGCCGCCAUCAGAAAUGAUAAAAAAUCAGACCUCCGGAAGUUACCUUUUCUUCCAUUCGCUCGAUUUCAUAACCGGAAAUGUAGACACAGAAGGUUCAAUUUUCUUAUCAUUAUUGCCAUCAAUAGCAAAAGAGGAUAAUUUCAAUUUUUCCGACGGUGUGCCAUCUGACGUGUUUUGCCACGAAAUUGGGCCAGCUCUACUAAAUGCUUUUUUCGAAAAUGAAGUUAACAGUACGUCAGCUGAAACCCUUUUAUGUUCAGCCUAUAGAAGGGCAGACAUGUUUAAACAGGUACAACAAACACUGAAUGCCUACUCCGACGCCCUGUACUACACUCCGACUAUCAAAAUUCUCGGAGAUCAUUCAGAGGGAAACUCUUCAUCUAGUACUUAUCAAUAUGUGUUUAGAAGGCCAAUACCAGAUCCAUCACUAACUAAAGGUUAUCCCCCUUGGUGGCAGAACGGAUCGGCGCAUGGGGCCGAACUAUAUUACCUGUUUCGAAUUUACGACUAUCAGGAUAACCACAUCGUUACUGUACCUGAACAAGACGCUGGUUUGCAAACGGCCAUCCUCAAGUACUGGACCAACUUCGCCAAAACUGGAAAUCCUAACUCAGACGAUCUACCUGAAUGGGAGAGUUAUGAGGCAGUCAGUCAGAAAUAUUGUAGUAUGGACACCACUAUCACACAAGAACAGCACCUGUACGGCUCCAGAAUCACUGCCAAUUACAAAUCUGAUGACAUCGAGAUCACUGCCAAUUAUAAAUCUGAUGACAUCGAGAUCACUGCCAAUUAUAAAUCUGAUGACAUCGAGAUCAAUGCCAAUUACAAAUCUGAUGACAUCGAGAUCACUGUCAAUUACAAAUCUGAUGCCUUCAAGAUCACUGCCAAUUACAAAUCUGAUGACAUCGAGAUCACUGUCAAUUACAAAUCUGAUGCCUUCAAGAUCACUGCCAAUUACAAAUCUGAUGACAUCGAGAUCACUGCCAAUUACAAAUCUGAUGCAUUCGAUAUCAAUGCCAAUUACAAAUCUGAUGACAUCGAGGUCAAUGACAGUUUAACCUCAGUCAACAUUAAUGUCAAUAAGCCAACAAAUUCGACUCAAAAACGAGAACAGGAUAUGAACAAAAGGAAGAUUAAGACUAUUGACUAUUAA